AUGCAAAAAAAGGGCGGGGGUCUGGCUAAAGAGGAAAUGCGCUUCACACUGGGCUGUGCCUUCUAUCCCGCUGUUGACGAGAUAUCUCUACUUGAUUCGCUUACUUCUGUUGCCUUUUUAUACACAUUGUUAGCCACUUUUCAGAGUUCAGAGCAACGUAAAUACAGGAUUGUUGUCGACCAGAAUGGUCUGAAAUACACUGCCUAAUACGGGUGGCGUCUGAAGAUGGCUGCGACGCGGAUAGUCGGCAAAGUUGCUGGAAGACUUUUGGGAAGUAUUUCUGUAAGUCGCCCUACAUUCAAGGCGCCUCGCCCGGCUACAUUUCUUCACAAGGUUCAACCGCCUCUGCUGGGAACUUGUCAAGCUCUUUUCUACAGCACACGCCCGCCUCCUGGUGAAGUCUCCCUAAAGUACAAACAUGGCCGCCUGGCUUUGGAGGUGCCGCUGACCUGCAGGCAGGAGACGUGUCUCUUCUUCCUGCGGCCCAUGCUCAUGACUGUAGGCGACCUUAUCAGCGAGCUACAGAGGGAGGACCCUGGCGUCACCGCCUCUGUGCUCUCCAAAGAUGGUGAACGUGUAGCCUGGAACACGCUGAUAGAAGCCCUGCUGAUCGACAAGGACUUCAAGCUGGUCAUCAACGGCACCGUUUACGAUGUUUGCUCGCCUGAGAAAGUGUGCAAGUCGAGCGAGCACGCCCUGCAGCUGGACGACAUGAAGCACGUGGUGCACCUUCUGCACACGGCCCUCCAUCUGCCUGAACACCACCUACUGAAAGAGCGCCAACUGCUGGAGAGGCUGGACAGCCUCAAACAGGAGCUGUCCCCUCUGGAGAAGAUGAAGGCUCAGCUGUCUCAUACGGCCACGUUCCAAACAUCCAGGGCGGUCUGGGUGGGUUUGGCCCUGCUGUCUGUGCAGGGAGGGGCUCUGGCCUGGCUUACCUGGUGGGUGUACUCGUGGGACGUCAUGGAGCCUGUCACUUACUUUGUCACCUACGCCACCAGCAUGGGGGCGUUCGCCUAUUACGUCCUCACAAAGGAGGAUUACAUUUAUCCAAAUGCGAAAGACAGACAGUUCCUCCACUACUUCUACAAGGGGGCCAGCAAGAAGAAGUUCAACGUGGAAAAGUACAACGAACUUAAAGACGAGCUGGCUCAGGUAGAGGACGAUUUAAAACGCUUACGUAAUCCAACACAACUUCAACUCCCAAUCGAACAGAUCCAGCCCAAGCCUUGACGACAUCAUCAUCAUCAUCAUCAUCAUCAUCAUCAUCAUCACGGUUUACAGACCAGAGCCAAAACACACCCUUUAUUUUCAUAAUGAUGCAUUUUUAAUGAGGAAUAACAUUUUGUGGGGGGAGGGAGGAAACAAAAAGUGGACUAUUGAAAUAAAAGUCAUUUGCUGAAUUGCCUUCUGUGCUGUUU